AUGGCUCCAUCUCAGCUUGUGCAGCGUACCGCAGCGUUUGUCAAGCAGCAGCUCAAACCCAACGACGCGUCGCACGAUUGGCACCACAUUGAACGUGUCUGGACGUUGGCGAAAUCGCUGGCGAAGGAAGAGCGCGUGUCCGAAGAGAGUCGGGAGAUUGUGGAUCUUGCAGCGCUGUUGCACGACAUUGACGACUGGAAGUAUCGGAAGGACCCAGAGAAGCCCACGAAGCGAGCUGCGGCUUUCCUGGAGUCGGAAAAUGUACCUAGUGACAAGAUUGCAUGCGUAAUGGCUAUCAUCGACAGUAUGGGCUAUAAAGAAGAGCUAGCAGGUGAGAACAAGCAACCGCAUUCGAUCGAGUACGGCUGCGUCCAAGACGCUGAUCGACUGGAUGCGAUUGGAGCUAUUGGAAUCGCGCGGUGCUUCACCAUGACCAAGGAGCAGUACAUGGACCCGAAGCGCCCUAACACUACUAUCAACCAUUUCUACGAGAAACUACUGAAGCUGCGUGGGAUGAUGAAGACGGACGCAGGAAAGCGUCUGGCGGAUGAACGCCACGCUUUCAUGGAGACGUUCCUGACUCAGUUCCACAACGAAUGCAGCGGUCGAAAAUAG